GGCAGGGCUGUGCACCCAUGUGGGGACUAGUGAGCCAGCUGCCUGUGAGGGUUCUGGGCCUGGGGGUGCGGCUGUGGGGUCUCUACCUCCACGUGCUGUCCCUGGGGCUGUGGGCCCUUCUGUUUUUCCCCCAAGUGCUGCUCUGGGUGCUGUACGUGUGUGUGCAGGAGGCUGGCAGGGUCGUGCUCACGGCUGCUCACUCUGCUUCCCUUGCGGUCCAUGUUUGCAGUGUGUAUGUGUUCCUGCAGGGGCUGGCCUGGGCUGCCCAGCUGGUUGGGAGGUGGGUGGCACUGCACAUGCAGCUCUGCCGUGCCUUGCUGGAGACCCUCAGGCUCAGUCCCUUACUCCCGCUGUGCGCGCAGGUGGCCCAGCGGCUGCUGCAGGUGGGCGUGUGGGCUGGCCGAGGCCUGUCUCGGGUGCGGACGGUGGUGGUCUUUGUCCAGAUGUGUGCCUACACAUUCUUCCUGGACGUGUACCUGUGCAUGCACUUGUGCUUUGCUGCCAUCAGCUCAAAGGUCCGGGUGCAGGUGCAUGUGCCCUUCCAAGUCUCCCUGCCCUUCCAGUUCUAUGCCCCCCUGAGCCUGGGUGUUAAAGUGAGGCAGAGGCCCAGCAGGGCUAAGGUGGGGGGCACACCUCAGGGCCAGAUUCAGGGACAGCAGAAGCCCCAGAUGUCCAGGAGCCCUGAGCCCACAAGGAGAAGGGAGGUGCCACUGAGCAGGAGUGAGCUCAGUCCAGGUGGUAAGUGGAGGGGCUGCUCCUUCCCCUUAGACCGUCCCCCAGUCUACCUUCUGGGCAGCCAGGCCGGGCUUGGAGCCUGCUUCUCCCCUGAGGACACAGUGGGGCAUUCACUCCUUCUGCACCCAGGUGGCUGUCCCUCUGUCCUUUCCCCAGUGGGCUCAGGGCACCUCUUUCCUAAGUUGAGUGGACCUUGGGGAAGGAAGAUUCCAGUCCUUGCUCUCUGAUGAGAAUGUGCUGCUCAUGACAGUGUUGGGCCAGGAGCUCUUGCCUCCUUUCGCACGUCUGUCUCCCUCCGUGUGUUCCUUUGGCCCUUGCAGCGGCAUCUCUGUCCCCUCCUGCCCAGUCCAUGUCCUCUCCUUCCCAGUGGGCUCUGUUUCU